AGAAGUAUAUUACAAAAAGUCGAAGCUUAACCUAGUGCGUCACAUAAAACGUUAUCUAGUGUUUUAGUGCAGUGUAUUGUAUGAAAAACUUAAAACUAAUUACAACUUAACUCAAAGCUAAUUAACAGUGACCUAAAUCUACCCUAAACAUAAAAAUAUAAACAUUAAUCAUUAAACAUUAUUUGAAACUAAGUGCUGAAGUGAUACCAAAGUGCGCAUAUUACUCUGUUUACCCCAGUGUCGAUACAUGGUGUUAGUAAACCAUAGGACUCCCAUCUAACCAUAGCCGCACGCAAAGUUGUGAACAGCGCCAUCUUUUGAUACUCAAAAGAAUUGGUAUCGAUUGCUCCUGCAUUUCGACACAGUCAUGCCUGCAUCUAAGUGUGGUGGUUGCAAGAAAUAUAUGACGUCGAUAGAUGCCGCUACAUGCAUCAAAUGCAAUCGCAUACACCAUCGAGCUUGCGUUAGUCUGCCUGCAACGGGUUGUAUUCCAACGAACUGGUGUUGUCCGGAAUGCCAGAAAAACCAGGUUAGGGACAAUAAGGCGGAGACACCCGUAAGAGGAAUGGCAAAUUCUGUCCUUCCAAGGGAGCAGCUCUCUAAGGAGCUGGUGGAUACCAGCCCGUUUAAUUGUACUGCGCUGGACGAAACUACAACUUUCUCCCCGGAUUUGGCUGCUGAACUUCGGGUGUUCAAGGAGGAACUUCGUGCAGAGUUUCGCCUCAUGCACAAAGAAUUUCUUGAAUUUCUUCAAUUGCGGACAGAAGUGGCGCAGCUAAAAGACGCCCUAAAUAACUCUGGCGAGCGUAUGGACGUGAUCGAGGCGCGAGUUGAAGCUCUCGAGCUGAAGUUCGAGCAGAAAAUCCUGCCGACCAACAGCGAUUACGUCGACAACACUAUCGCUGAAUUGAAGUGCCAGCUUAACGAGCGUGAUCAAGAACUGUUGCUCAACGACAUUGAGAUCACAGGAAUCCCCGAGAGUAAGGAAGAAAGCACCCUCCACCUCGUGAACGUUCUCGCAGUAAAGCUCGGCAUUACACUAGACGAGAGGGACGUCGUCCAUGCCGAACGGGUUGGAGCUACGCACCGCAACCGUGUUGUUGCCUUGGAUGGCAGUAUUGCUGCUGACCCCGCUGCGCAACGGCCGCGGAGUAUAUCGGUGCGCCUGGCGAGGCGCGCGACCCGCGACGCGCUACUGCGCGCGGCCCGAGUGCGUCGUGGCUUGAGUACGGAUGCACUCGAUAUGCCUGGCCCGCCGCAUCGUGUUUACGUCAACGAGCGUCUCACGCGCACCAAUCGCCGGUUAUUUUAUCGCGCCCGCCAGGCAGCGAGUCUGCAUGGCUGGAAGUAUGUGUGGACAAGGGAGGGUAAAAUAUUGUGUCGCAAGGACGAUCGUUUAAAAGUAGAAGUUAUUAGACAUGAAGACGAUGUUACCAAAAUUUUUGGCUAAAGAUCUGUUUGAGGCUUAAGUUGUGCAUAAUUGUUGUUGUUGUGCGUAUGAUU